UUUGGCGCAAACCGGAAGUCGUCAUCACCAGACACAGGCAUGUUUGCUAUCCCGUUAGCCAAUGCUAGCAGGUGUAGCUAACCCGUUAGCUUCUACUGAAUUCACGUUAAAUCGGGUUGUUUCUGGGUUAACUUUGCAGUCUAAAUGGAUGAGCACAAGGAGAACAUUCACGCAGAGGAGGUCAACGGGAAGAUGUCCGACACGAAGGAAGACGAGCAGGUGAAGCCUUGCAGCAGGAUAUGUCCCGAUGAGGAACCUGCUCCUCAGGUGUCCCCGUCUCAGUCCAACAGCGACUUCAGUCAUCCGGUGUACAAAGAGAUCUCUAUGGCUAACGGGCACAUCAACCGCAUGACCAAGGAAGAGCUUCGGAUCAAGUUAUCAGAGCUGCAGCUCGACACAAGAGGUGUGAAGGAUGUGAUGAAGAAGAGGUUGAAGAGCCACUAUAAGAAGCAGAAGCUGUUGCAGUCUGCCGCUGAGGGAGGACCCACCGACACCUUCUACGACUACAUCUGCGUGGUGGACUUUGAGGCAACGUGUGAAGAGGAUAAUCCUUCAGACUUCCACCAUGAAAUCAUCGAGUUCCCCAUGGUUCUCAUCAACACGCACACCUUAGAAAUUGUGGACUCCUUUCAGGAAUAUGUGAGACCAGAGUUGAACCCACAGCUUUCAGACUUCUGUGUGAAGUUAACGGGGAUAACACAGAAAAUGGUGGAUGAAGCAGAACUGUUUCAAGACGUCCUCCAGCGGGUCGUCGCUUGGCUCCAGGAGAGGGAGCUCGGGACGAAGUACAAAUACGCCAUCCUGACUGACGGGGCCUGGGAUAUGAGCAAGUUCCUCAACAUCCAGUGCCGUCUCAGCCGGAUCCGAUAUCCUCACUUUGCAAAGAAGUGGAUCAACAUCAGAAAAUCAUACGGAAACUUCUACAAGGUUCCCCGCACACAGACUAAGCUGAGCACCAUGCUGGAGAAGUUGGGUCUGAAGUACGAAGGUCGCCCUCACUCCGGGCUGGACGACUCGCGCAACAUCGCCCGGAUAGCUCUCCGCAUGCUGCAGGACGGGUGUCAGCUGCGCGUCAACGAACGCAUACACGCCGGCCAGCUGCUCUCCGUUCCAAGCUCCGCCCCCGUGGAAGGAGCGCCUGCACCGCAUAACCCCCGCAGCAGAGACUAGAACCCAGGAUCUGAGGCCAGUCCUACAGGACGUCUCAACUUUUAACCCCCGUGAGUUAGAGAUGAAAAAAUAAAAUCCAAAGCACUUUUAACAGUCUUAAGUUGUUCUUUCUGUUUUGGGGUUUAAGGCUGUAGUUCAUUAAAGGGGGUCAACAUUUUGAUUUCAGAUUCACAUGUGAGGUUUCCUCUCUGACAACAGCUCCAUAUAUUUUUACACCAGAUACCUAAAAACAGAGAUCACAGCAGUGUGUUGUGGGAGGAUUUCCCUUUUUCGACCUGCCUUAUAAGCUGCUAAUAUUCAACAAACAAUUUGAUUAAAAUGCAGUCGUCCCAUGAUGAUGUGAAUUUGUUUUUUAUUUCUGGUUUCACUUUCAAGAAUACGUAUCUUUGAAAUAAAAACAUUGAAUAGUUGUCAAUCUUGUGGCCGUAAAUUUAUAUCAAUGUCAGUUUUAGCCUUUAAAACCCCACAUCUGUCUUACCAUUGUGCAAAUACUGAACAGACGGAUCCACAUGUGUUGCUGCUGCUGCUAUUGCUGUGCUGUUUGAAGUGCCACAUAAUAACAGCCAUAACAUCAGUGUUGAGUAAUGAGAAAACGUUGUCCGUCGUUAUAAAGAUACAGCACAGGUGUUAACGUAUAAAGAAGUCUGUUGUACGUACUGUAAGAGUUCAGCCUGUGUUGUAGGAUUCUGUCACCUUUUUGUUAUGAUACUGAAUUCAUUUUUAUGUCAUGGAGGAUGCUCUAUUUUAACAGGCACAAAUAUUCUUCUGAAUGCCAAAUAUUACAAAUAAAAAAAUGUU